UGAUUGAUGACUGAUUGAUUGGCGGGUCAUGGUUCGGUUCUGAUCUCAUCAUGGACCUCCAGCUGCUCCUGCUGCUGCUGCUGAUGAUGGUGAUGAAGAGGAGCGGAGCCGCCGUGAGGCCGCAGACGCCUGACAGCAGCAGAGAGACGUUGGCUCAUGGAGGAAUUAGAAACAAACGCUACGCCAUCAACCCUCUGGGACACAAGUGGACUCAUCACAACAUCACAUACAGGAUCACCAAGUUUCCCAAUACUCUGAACGUGGAGGACACCAGGAAGGCCAUCAGCAUCGCCUUCACCAAGUGGAGUGACGUGUCGCCGCUGACCUUUACCGAGGUCACCGACGUCAACGCCACGGCUGACAUCACCAUCGGUUUCUACACCUUCAACCAUACCGACUGCUGGUGGUCUCCUCUCCACCCAUGUUUCGAUGGAUUGAAUGGUGAGCUUGCUCAUGCCUUCCUGCCACCACGAGGAGAAAUCCACUUCGACAACCACGAGUUCUGGAUCCUCGGCAAGUCCAGGUUCAGCUGGAAGCAAGGCGUUUGGCUGAACGACCUGGUCCAGGUGGCGGCUCAUGAGAUCGGUCACGCUCUGGGUCUGUGGCACUCCAGAGACCCUCAGGCUCUGAUGCAUCCCAACGCCACCUACACUGGACAGAGGAACAUCGCCCAGGACGACGUCUGGGGCAUCCAGAGGCUCUAUGGUUGUCUGGAUAAGAAGAGGGUCUGUGAUCCGUGGGCUCGACUCGGUUUCUGUGAACGGAGGAAGACCUUCAUGAAGAAGAACUGUCCUCAGCGCUGUGACCUCUGCUAUGAGCCUAUGGAUCCUGUUGCCACGCCGACGCCGCCUCCAGCCAACGUGAAGAUCAAGAUGGUUCCCCGAGGGAAGGUGGUGGGUUUCCGCUGUGGAACCAAAAACCCUCGAUCGCCUCCAAAAGUCAGCUGGUACAAAGAUGGCGAGCAGAUCCUCACCUCCAUCCCCGGCUACAUCGUCAUGAAGGACCGAGACCUCCGCAUCGUCGCCAAUGAGUUCAACGAGGGCGUCUACACCUGUCGCAUCCAUCGCCGUGGUGACAUCGUAUCCGCCAACUCAUGGGCGAUCCGGCUGAAACCAGAACCGCCGUCCAACAGCUGAGGACGUCUACAGGGAGACGGACAAACGGCCAAUGAGGUGAUGACGGGAAGGUUUGUGGAACUCGCAGCGGUCAGAUCUGUGAAUUAGCAGGAGGUCAAAUGGUUAUGGCUGCAUCUUCAACAUGUUUGGACCUUUUUCCAGGUUUUCUGAUGCUUUGUUGGCAGACCUGUGAAUCAGUUUUGUUACAGAACAGACUGUAAAUCUGUAGCAGCUCUGUGGUUCUGACAGGACUUCAUGUCACAAACUCAUAAUGCUGUAAUAUGUCUUUCAUUGUUUAUUUCUGUUCCACCUGAGCUGCUGCUAGUGGUUCAUGUUUACAUCUCUAGGUUCUGUUACUGUGGCCAAAAAACCUAAAAACAGCGGCUCUGUGAAAAUGUUGAAGUUCUACAAAUUCAGACAGACACACUUUUCAUGUUGUACCCUGCAGAGAUGGUGAUUGUUGUUACAGCUCUGAAAGUUAACUUUAGCUAAUAACUUUUGGUUGUUACCUUUGGCUUGCUAACUUUAGCUGGUUAACUUUUUUUGCUUGCUGUAGUCAGCUAAUUCUGGCCUGCUAAAUUUUACUAGCUACCACUGGUUUACUUGCUGUAGUACACAAAUUCUGGCUCCCUAACUCUAGCUACCUAACUUUUGCUUGCUUGCUGUAGUUGGCUAACUUUGGCCCACUAACUUAAGGUUGUAUUAGCUCUCCUAGACUCAAUAGGACAGACAUUUUUUUUAUGUUGUAGCUUGAAGAAAAAUGUAUUAUUAUUACAGCCAUAACAUCUAACAUUAGUCUGUCUAACUAUGGCUUGCUAGCUUUCCCUGGCUAAUUUUGGCUUCAUAAGUUUGGCUUGCUAAGGUUGGCUUAUUGAAUUUGACUCUCUAGCUUUAGCUAGUUAACUUUAGCUGGCUCACCUUGGCUUGUUCAUUUUGGCUUGCACACUGGAAAAAUUUAUCAAGGUGACUUUGGCUAGCUGAAUUUAGUUUGUGAAAGUUAGCUGGCCAACUUUGGUUGGCUAUCUUGAGCUGGCAAACUUUGGCUGCUAUCUUUAGCCAGCUAACCUUGGUUGGCUUACUUUAGCUUCCACAGUUUAGCUGGUUAAUGUUGACGCAUUAAAUUUAGCUGACUAUUUUUAACUGACUAACUUUAGCUUGCUCAUUUUAUCUCCCUGACUUUAGCUUAUUUCCUAUUACUGGCUAACUUAAGCUCAAUUACUUUAGCUAGAUCAAUAGAUCACUUAGCAGCAACAGUAAUUUGACUCCCCUGUCCUCUUUGACCUUCAACUGUUCUGAUUCCUAGCAAUACUCAACUUUGACUUGUGUCCUCUGUAGUAACCAUAGUGAUGCAGCCAUUUUGGAGUGGUGGUCAUAAGUGGUUCUGCAGGUGAUGUGAUGGUACAAAGCUGACUUUUUUUUUAUCUGAAUAUGUAAAUUAUUAUUCCUAUACUACACAACAGUACUGAGUACACCCCUGUGCAAAUGAUUCUAAAUUGUAUCACCUUGCAGUAAUCAGACUACUUCUAAGUUGAAUAGUAGGGUUUAUCAAGUAGCACAUACAUUUGAUAUAUACACAGGCAUGCUGUCCUCAGUAGAUGUCAUCUCCCCAACACCUUUUGCACUCACCAUACCAUCACACUAACACCUCCGUUCUUCACUGUCAGGACUCACUGUGGUGGUCCUGGUCAGGUUCACACCAAACUUGAACAGAAUUUCAUCUUGAAAUUUUGUGCCAAAGAGCAAACAAAAUUUUUGUUCUUGUCCUCCAUCCAUAGAGGUUGAUGUUCUCAACUGUCUGAGCUUCGCAGAAACUCUGAUUUCUAUUGAUAAUCCCUUUAGUCUGAAGCAGCUGCUGAUUGUUGUUUUCAAAGCUAGAUUGUGAAAUAGUUCAGUGUCUGUGGAGUCAUUUUAGGAGCAUGACAGCCAUGAUUAGUGAUACUAUGGCUCCUUCUAUACCUCCUGAUUGCUGCUGACACUGUGAUUCACUGAUUUCUCAUUGAUCUUUCUGGAUCCUUUUCUAUCUUUUUUUACAUAAAAUUUUUUAGUUCAAUUCAGCAGUUAUUUUUCAUGUGCAACCAAGAUGUAGACAUUCAGAUCGCUACUACCCAUAGAUCCAAAACUGAGAAAUGUCCAGUGUUUACUGUUCAUUUUAUUUCCAUAUUCAUGUAGUUAGAUUGAUUGGAAUGAAGAGGUUGAGUUAGUUUAGUUUCACAGAUGCAUUUGUCUUUGUUGCACUGAGUUUCUACUUUGGUUUUUGUGUAUUCAAAUACUAUCUUCAUGAAGUAUUCGUUUUUUACUGUUUAUGAGAUGACCCACACUACUGGUCACCUUAGAAAUACUGCGGUUAUUCAGAGGUGCUACAAUUACAGUCAUUUGACCUGUGAGGUGUUUAUCUAACUACCGUUUGUGACAUUUUCUUUCCUCUUAGUUGACUUGUUCUCUUUUCAUACACAUUUAGGUUUUUGUUUCUUUUUCGCUGUGUAGUUUAGGAAGAUAUUUUUGGUUUUCUGCUGAUGAAAACAACAAUCUGUGGAUCAGAAUUUUUGUCAUCUUCAUGUUUCGAGGACGAACUCUAUGAACCUAAAACCACAGGAGCUUGUGUGAGCGGUUUUCAUUGAGGUGAACGAGGGACCGGGUCUCCUAUUACAUCUGAGCUAAUAACAGAUUGAUAACAGAUCUCUGCGCCGGACAUCUGAACACAAAAAGACUUCAGCUUCUUGUGACACGAAUCAGCCACUUCCUGUUUACACAAGGACAGAUAUAUAUCCGUUACAGGCAUGUUUUACCUCACUGUGGUGGAAUAUAACGGGUUUACUUGGUCGGUUUAACCCGAUUUCAAGGAAAUCUGCCUAAGAAAAUGUGAAACAUUGCAUUUCCAUCCUCUGCUACAUUUAAAGGAGUUGGUAACAGUUUAAAAGUUUUGUUUUUUGAAAAUAUGUCUGUAAAGAUGCUCAGUAAUUGA